CAAGGGAAAGUGAGACUGUUGGGUUGGAAGACAUGUUGUCGCUAGUACUCUUUAUAGUUUUAGGAGCGCUGGCCUUAACUCAGGCCAGGGAUGAUGAGACAAUGGCAAUGAAUUUUCUCAACCAGUACCAUUAUCUGUCGACUUCAAGAUCUGGAAAUCACGACGUCGACUCAGCCAUCAGACAUUUUCAGCGUUUUGCUGGUCUCAAAGUGACCGGUAGACUUGACAGUGCGACAAUUCGUCAGAUGAAGAAACCACGAUGCGGCAUGCCGGAUGACGCAGCAGGCAGCGAUCGAGUGCGACGUUACAAAACAGGUUCAAAGUGGAGAAAAACCCGAUUGACUUACUACAUUCAGUUUGGCCGGGAUCUACCUCAAGGCACCCAGGAACGCAUCUUUCAGAAGGCUUUGCAAUACUGGGCCGACGUGUCGGCGUUGUCUUUUUCAAGAACUAACAGUCCUGAAAGAGCGGACUUAAAGAUAAGUUUUGGAUACAAUUCUCAUGGCGGGGUAAGGGGUGAAAGGAGGUGCGGUUACCCCUUUGACGGUGCGGGAAAAGUUUUGGCACACGCUUUCUUUCCACAAGACGGUCGCGCCCAUUUUGACGAGGCUGAGACAUAUACAGAUGGAACGUCAAGAGGAACUAAUCUACUAUGGGUAGCCACUCAUGAAUUCGGGCACGCACUUGGUCUUGAUCAUUCCGAUGUACGUGACGCCAUCAUGUAUCCAUACUACACAGGAUACGUUCCUAACAUGCGGCUCCAUUCUGAUGACAUCGCAGGCAUACAAUACUUGUAUGGUUAUGGAAACGGCGGAGGUGCAAAUGGUGGUGGUGGCGGUGGUUUUUGCGAAGAUGGAAAUCCGCAAUGCAACCUUUGGGGGUAUCUCUGCUACGAAAAUGACUACGUGAUAGCGAAUUGUAAAAAGACAUGCGGAAGGUGCUGAAGCUCAGUGAAAGUCAAUGGAGAUUCUUCGCAACAAAACGAUGUCUUUUCCAGAUCAGCAGAUUUGAAACAUUGAAUAAACGAUCGAUGUAUUAACAAUA